AGCAGCUAGGUCUAGUAGCAGCUAAGUCUAGUAGCAGCUAAGUCUAGUAGCAGCUAAGUCUAGUAGCAGCUAAGUCUAGUAGCAGCUAAGUCUAGUAGCAGCAUCUUCAUUCAUCUUCUCCUUACCUGGCUCAAACUCCAAUCGCUGGACUAUCUGCCUAACAUCUGGAUCUUCUGUUUUCUGGACUCAAACAAGACAAUCUCAUACACCUUGCUAUGCUAAGUGCUUUGGCAACUGUAUAGAAAAUACCCAUAUAUUUUGACAGCUGUCUGAUUGGACUGUGGAGGAUCUACUUUUAUUUUACUGAUGCUUCCAAACAUCCGGAUCUGUUGUUUCUACAGCAAGUUCUUAAUGUUUUGGGUGUGAUUGUAAACUAAGCAGUUGCCAUAGUGACUUCUGCUUUGGACAUUGGGAGGACUGUUGUGUGUGACUGUUUUUUUACUUAGACUGGUGAAGGAUGAACAUGGUUUUUCUUGGGUGGAAUGGAGAGUGCUGCUGUCUGUUACCUAUUUUACUAGCAGUACUGUUGGUGGAGGGGACCCAGAUAGACUAUUCCAGAUCCAAAGCUAACUCAAUCAAGUCCAUUCUGGUGGUGCAGACCCCAACCCUGGCAACCAACAGGUCUUCCAGCUUCCAGCAUGGAGGGUCACACAAGAAAGGGAAAAGCCUUAGCCAGGCAUAUCCCUGUAUAAGUGAUAAAGAGUGUGAAGUAGGAAAAUAUUGCUACAGUCCUCAUCAGGCCCCUUCCUCCUGUAUGGCUUGCAGAAGAAAGAAGAAACGCUGUCACAGAGAUGGCAUGUGCUGUGCUGGUAAUCACUGCAACAAUGGUAUCUGCGUUCCAGUUGCUGAGACUAUGUUGACAGCUCAUAUACCAGAACUUGAAGGGCGCCCAAAGAAGAACAGUCAUACAUCUAGUAAAGAUAUGAACUGGCAAGAUAUUAGGAGACAUCACCCUAAAAUGCCCCAUAUAAAAGGACAUGAAGGAGACCCUUGCCUUCGUUCAACUGACUGCAUUGAAGGUUAUUGCUGUGCUCGCCAUUUUUGGACCAAAAUCUGCAAACCAGUACUACGACAAGGAGAAGUUUGCACAAAGAUACGGAAAAAAGGCUCUCAUGGAUUGGAGAUCUUUCAGCGAUGCGACUGUGCUAAGGGCUUGUCUUGCAAAGUAUGGAAAGAUGCCACAUUUUCUUCAAAAUCAAGACUGCACAUUUGUCAGAAAAUCUAAGCCAUUAGAAUCAUUUAUACAAAAGAUUGUUUUCUUGAAGGAGGAUACUAUUGAUCCACAUAUAUGAAGGACAUUGAAUACUGAGAAUGACACUGAACUGAAAGGGGAUGUAUAUUAUGAACUGGAGCUAAUGGACCAUUCCUGUGUAAAUAAACAAUUUGUGACAUUGACAUUUCAUAAAAUGGCAUUUAUUAUGGUAACAACGCAUGCCCACUGAUUUUACAACAAUAUAUGAGCAUUAAGUAUAUAAACAUUAUCUUCAUUUGUGUAUUCUGUUGAAACACUUUAACAAAAUCCAAACAUAGUUUUUUUUUUUUUUUUUUUUCUGUGCAUUGGCAUAGAGUGCUUUACAUUAAAAGUAGAACAGAUUUUGUCCAGGGAGUACAGCUACAGUGUUUUCACAUGAUGAUCAAUCAUACUGCAUUACAGUUACGGUAUAUCCUGUUCUUUGUCAAAAAAGUAUUUUUCAGAACACAGAAAUCUGGGUCAGCCAAUUACUGGCAACUACCAUACGUUUAUAAAAGCUCAAUUACGAAUAACAGAUCUAUGCAAGUCAGAUAUUGCUGACACUGUGCCGACCAGAUCUUUAUUAUUAAAUUAUACCAAUUAACAGAAAGCACGCCUGCUCAACACAAAGUUCACCGUAGCAUUUAAAAUGGUUAGCGCACAUGUGUUAGCUGUCCAGUUUGAUACACUACAGUGUUUUUUUUUUUGUGGUUUACAGAAUUAAUAUCCUGAAAAAAUGGUAUAGUAAAAAAGAGCAAGAUGACACUGUAUAAUUUGCUAACUAAGAAGAAUAUCAUCAUUGUAUGAUGUUUACUACAGUAAAAUAGAAAAUAUACACAGAAUAUAUGAUAGCAGUGGCUGCUUUGUCUUUUUCAUCAGCAUUAAUUGCCUUUCUUAUUCUUUACAGUUAUUUAUAUUGUUCAUUAUAGACGCCCAUGUUCAGGUUCUGAUCUGGCUUUCAUUAAAAAUUAAAUAAAGUA